AUGGAAUACACCAGUGAACAGCUCCAGGAAGCCAAAGCUUUGUUUCCUCCCAAGUCCAAGUCUGAUGCUCCCUCUGCUGAGCUCAUCAGGCAAGCCCAAGGACCUCGCUACAAAUUACGCCCCCGCGACGCGAAGAAAAGCGUGGAGAGACACCCUGCCUGGAUUGACAACGACAAAUCGGAUACGAACUACACCCCACCAAAAGACACUCCUAGAUCUUCACCCAAGCCCAAUCACUGA